AUGAAGUGUUUUACUAGUCUUUUAACUGUUAUAGUAACAUUGUUUUGUGUCUUUCCAUCGAUCUUCUCUAUGGAACACAAAUCAUUAAGACAAACUAAAUUUGCUCCUUUUACAAAGGUUGCCUUGUUUAUAGAGGGCUUUUCUCAGGAAUCCGUUACAAGAAUGAAAUUGACAAUCCAGAGUGGAAUGGAAGGGGCUGAAAUUGUCGAAUUGAAGUUGAAUGACCUUAAAUCACUAACUGUUCGUGAUUACCAAUUAUUCGCUGCCCCAUCUGAAGUUUCUUCUGGAUCAGAGACUAUUGUUAAGGAAGGUAUGGGCAUUAUCUCGAAUUUGGUCAAGGGAGGCUCCUUCCUCUUUUCUCAUUUGGAUUCAUCUUCGCCACUAUGCAAAGAAUUCGAUUAUGAUGGUGUCAAGACUACAAAUGAUCCAUUCAUUUAUAAUGGACUCUGCAAAGGCCCAAUUACAAAUGUCGGUCCAAUGCAGAGCGAGUGCAGAGCUAUUACAGCCCUCGUAGAUAACAAGAAUAAGGCGACUAUAUACAACAACUUCUAUGUUAAUGGAGGCUUUUACUUUGAAGAUGCCGAAUCCAAGAAGAACUGCAAGAUUCUUGCAAGAGUCACCCCACGUAAAAACUCUCAAAGUUUGAUUGAAUUUAGAAAGAAUACCGAUUCUAAGGCAGUUGUUGUUGCUUGCAAGCACGGAAGUGGAGCUGCAAUCCUCUCUGGUAUCCAACUUGACCAGAACAAAUUAUUGUUGGCUAAUUAUGUCAAUAAACACCCAGAGAAUGCUCACGUUAAGGAAGUUGCAGAGAAACUUUCAGAAAUCCCAGAUUUCUCUUCUUCUCUCUUACAUUUCGUGGCAGUGAUGAGACUUGCCUCUCUUAUGGAAUAA